UUCAGCACCGGAAAACAAUGACUUUGCACCCACUUCUCUCAGUAAAAGUACCUCACACACUUUUUGUGAGUGUAUUUUAAGUCUCUUUGUCCCUCUUUCUCUUCAUCAUCCAUUGGUUCUUCUUCUUAACCAACCCUCUCCCUCAUUUAAAUAUGAAUUAAACACACACACACAAGAAGAAAAAGAAGCAUGAAAAAGAUCAAUCUUUUACUCAGAAAAUGCAAGAGUUUGUCAAGGCAGCUAGGGAGAUCUUCAUCAUACAGUAGCCUGAGGUCCAAAUCCACAAAAGAAGACAUAUGGGUUGGGCAUGGCAUGCAAGAAGAUGAACAUUGUGAAACAGUGUUUGUUGGUAGCACAAGAAAACGGUAUGUGAUCAGCAAAAAGUAUCUGAACCAUCCUCUUCUGAAUGAACUUAUCAACAAGUCAAAGCCAAAGGGUACUGAUGAAAGUAGUGUUUUGGUGGUGAACUGUGAGGUGGUUCUCUUUGAUCAUCUUUUGUGGAUGCUAGAAAAUGCAGAUCCUAAGUUUAGUUCUGAGUCUUUGGAGGAAUUGGCUGAACUCUAUGUGUUUUGAUAGCUAUCAAUGUCGCAGUUGCAAAGGCCUAAUGUAAUUAAGUAUAUUGGGUUGUACCUGCAUUUGCAAAAAGUAAUGGUUGAGUCUUCUUUUUGUUUAAUGCUUCUGCAAUUGCAUAGUUCAUUUAUGUUCUAUAACUUAUCAGAUUUGUCAAGAGUCGUAUCAUACACAUAUAUAUACAUAUACAUAAACAUAUAUGUAUAUAUAUACGUUUGUGUGUUUUGUUUCUGUGUUGAAAGUUCUGGGGGUUCAAAGAGGUAGGAAGAAGUCAUGAGCACAAUAAGGAUUUCUUUUUUCAUA